AUGGCGAGGCGAGUAGAUCCUUUAGAUGUUAGUUUCGAUGAAUACAGGGCAAUUUUCGGAGAUUCCGAUGAAGAAGACACUGGAGAUAUUGAUGGAGAUAGUUCUGAUAUUGAUUUCGAAGGCAUCGAUGAAGAUGGCGAGGAAAUUGAUGAAGAAAAUGGCGAUGAAGAAGCCGCUGAGAGUGACGAAGAAGAAGAACAACAAUGGACGGAUGACCUCAGUAACAUCGCUGUUGAUGAAUUUUCAGCACGAUCAGGAAUUGUUGUAGACGUUGGAGCCGACCCUAAAGCUGAUGAUUUUUUUACAUUCAUGUUUGGUGAGGAUCUUUUCGACAAAAUCGUGGAGGAGACAAACCGCUAUGCUCACCAAAUGUUAACCGACAACGAACGUCUUGGUCGAUGGCGUGACGUAACCAAAGCCGAAGUGAAAGCUUACUUUGGAAUGUGCGUUAUCAUGGGGAUGAAUAUUCUUCCCAAAGUCGCUGAUUACUGGGCAACGAGGGAAUAA